AUUUUCUGCAUAUAUUUCUACCCAUCUACAGCUCGACCAUGUCUCUCUCUCUGCAGGUGUUGAUUCGUGUCCAUGCCUGCGGAGUGAACCCCGUGGAAACCUACAUCCGGGCUGGGACGUACCCCCGUAAGCCCCCCCUGCCUUACACACCGGGCACAGACGUAGCCGGAGUGGUGGAAACUGUUGGAGAAGGAGUGACCACAGUAAAGGCAGGAGACCGUGUGUUCACCACGGCCACAGAGUCCGGAGGUUAUGCAGAGUACACUGUGGCAGCCGACCAGUGUGUCCACAAGCUGCCCGAUGCUUUACACUUCACCCAGGGUGCAGCCAUAGGGAUCCCCUACUUCACCGCCUACAGGGCUCUGGUUCAAAAAGCCCACGCCAAAGCUGGAGAGACCGUCCUCAUCCAUGGAGGCAGUGGAGGGGUUGGUGUGGCAGCGUGCCAGCUGUCCCGUGCUCUGGGUCUCAAGGUGUUGGGGACGGCAGGGACGCCGGAGGGACUGAAGCUGGUCCUCAACAACGGAGCUCACCUGGCCUUUAAUCACAGGGAAGAGGGCUACACGGACAAAAUCAUGGAAGCCACAGAGGGCAGAGGCAUCGAUGUGAUAGUAGAGAUGCUGUCAAAUGUCAACCUCAGUAAAGACCUCCACAUGUUGGCCUUGGGAGGACGUGUUACGAUCAUUGGCUGCAGAGGCUCCAUAGAGAUCGACCCCAGAGACACCAUGGCUAAGGAGAGCAGCAUCAUGGGAGUGACCCUUUCCUUCGCUACAUCGGAGGAGAACAAGGAGUGUGCGGCGCUGUUCUACGCGGGGAUGGAAGCUGGUUGGCUGCGUCCGGUCGUCGGCUCCCAGUACCCGCUCACCAAGGCCGCCCAGGCCCACCAUGAUAUCAUUGAGUGUCCCGGGGCUGCUGGGAAGACAGUCCUGGUCGUGGGAUGAUGUGAUCAUAGCACAGGUUUUGGCUGUUAAUAAUAAGGAAAAAAGUCAAGAACUUAAAUGAAAUAAAUGUAUAAAAAAA